AGGAAGAACGCCUUUUUGUUAGAGGAUAACAUGGUUCCUAUAGUGCACUGUACAACUUGCCUAUUUCAAGUACGUGACACAUCUGGUCAAUGCGUCCUUUAGCAAGUAUUUCAGCAACAUGCAGCACGGUGGUCUUUUUAGCAUUUGGACAUUCAGGAAUUCUAAAAAAAAAAAAAAUUAAUAAAAUAUGGUGUUUGCUUUCAAAUGUUGAAGCCUUUGAAUAUUAUUUUGCAGCCGGAUUGUAGUGUGCCACAAUACUUUGGUAGGGUUUCUUCCGUCACAUCCUGCGCUGUAAAAAGUGUACAGUGGCUUGUAAAAGCGUCAUGUUUUUUUUUUUUGUUUUUUUUUUAAUUCAUGAAUGUUAUGGAAAUAAUAAUGAGGUUAUCGGUGGUUUAGUGCUUUAUAUGGCUGACUUUCUUACACCUGGGGGGUAUUCAAACAUGCAUUGUUCACAAUUGCCUGGCAAUCAGUCACAAAAAAAUAUAUACUUUUUUAUUUUAUUUAUAGGCACCUGUCAUUCAUUUUGUUUAACGACAGAAUUUCAGGUGAUUUCAUUCUUUCCGUCCGUCUCAAAUAGUUUGACUAAUGUUAAACCAUAAUGUUCUAACUGUAUGUUCAAUCUAUGUUGUUUUUUUUUUUUAAACCAACAAUGAAUCGCAGAUCUUGUUGGCAGAUUUGUGAUCCGUGUAUGGCCCCAGUCCUCCCAGCAUUCCUUCCAUUUUUGUCUGCAUGACAUCCAAAAUGCAAUUCCCCCAGUUUUACUGCAAGGAUAUUCCAAUUAAACGUACAAAUUUAGGAAGUACCGGCCAUGCAUUUAAAUGACUUAUGGACUUUAUGGAAUGCAACUCAAGCUCAGUAUUUUAUUAUUGCCGCAAGUGAAAUAUAACAAAGAUAACAGUUGUGUGGUCACAUGUUUCAAAGACUAACCAAGCAUAAUCCAACAAUACAGUAAAGGAGCAAUUGAGCAAUUAAGUUAUAUUCAUUCAAAUAAGGCCGAGGUGUACACGUUGUCAUUUAUUAUUUAUGAUAAUUACAGUAUAUUCUUCUGGACCACUUGUUGAGGCUUCUUGAUACUUGGUGUAUUUCAUCCAUUCAGUGUUGUUGACUAUUAUCAUAAUGGACAAAAAUGAACAAUGGGAAGUUAUGAUACCAAAUUCAUAUUGUGUCUCCUUGAUGUUUCUGCAGGGGUACAACUUCCCCCUCAAAAGCAGACACGACGCGGGUACAGAUUGUGGCACUUUUAGGAAAUGGGAGAUCCCAAUGUGAACCAUGUUAACCCCACGCAUACACUUUAACAAAACACACACUUCAAAGGGAAGUCACGGGCGGGGUGACAAAAAGUGUAAUAUUUUGCAACAUGAGUAUCAUUCCAAUAAAGUUUUACUUCUGAAAUUCUGUUGAAGUUGCGUGGCGUUUCUGAAGUGUCCAUCAUCAUCAUCAUCAUCAUCGUCGUCGUCGUCGUCGUCAUCAUCAUCUUCAAAAGAGCCACCCUCCGCCCAUCUCUUUGCCGUCUCGUUGCCUUCACCACGCGGCCCACACGCACUAAUAUGCACGUGCAACGCGUCAGUCUUUAUGUUUGCACCGUGGACCGGACACAAUGACACAGUGAACAAAGAACCCAGCUUUGAUGCACCAAAAGCGAGACAACUCCACCUUAAAAAGACGUAGCAUCCCAUACCGGAGACACGGGCGCCAUCUUCCGUCCACCUUAAGUGCUCGUUGUGACCACGAACGCCAAAGUCCAAACGGGCUUCCGUAGCCGUUCUCCAGCCGGGGAGUCGCACUCUGCCUCCCAGCGCUGAGACAGCAGCGCCACUUGAGGAACAACAGCCGAACCCCAUCCGCAUUUUCAGGAGAACAUGUCCGGACCCAACAAGUACCGAGAGUGGAUCCUGGAAACAAUCGACUCUCUCCGCUCCAGGAAAGCGCGUCCGGAUCUGGAGAGGAUUUGUCGAAUGGUCCGCAGACGACACGGGUCAGACCCGGACCGAACCAGGGAAGAACUGGAAAAACUGAUCCAGGAGCAGGCUGUGCUUAAAGUUAGCUACAAGGGCUCCAUCUCGUACCGGAACGCGGCCAAGGUGCAGAGGAAGAGCAGAAAGAAGAGUGAAGAGGCGGCGGCGGACCUUCUGAACAACAACAACGGCGACAGCGCGCUCAGCCUCACCGACCAGGAGGACGACUCGGAGCCCGGCGCGGCUCACCAGCCGCCCGUCAAGAAGAAGCACAAGUCUCCCCCGAGCCCGAGUAGCGGAAAUGGGAGCCUCGCAGACAGCGGUGUGGCGGAGGCGGGCUACCCGGUUGGGAGCGGCUGUGAAGAAGAUGAAGAAGCCCGUCCCGGCCACAGAAUAAGCGCGCAUGAUGAACAGCAGCCGGGUCCGUCCGGAGCUGACGCCGCCGAGCAAAGUUGCACAGGAGGAGCCGGCAGACUCGAACACGACAUUCCCAUGUGCCCCAAACCUCCAGCCGGGAGCGGGGGCACCGGCUCCAACUUGGACAUACACGAUCGGCUGCUGGCUUCGGUCCAGAGCCUGCCCGAGAGGAGCCUUCGAGGGGGCCCUGACACCACCACCACCGCCAAAAGAGGCCCCGUGAAACCGCUUGGUCUCAAAGAGAUUCUGGGCUACCUCAGUAGCCAGGAGCGUCUCUCCGAGGAGAAGCUGACCAGGGGCAAAGUCAAAGUGGUCAUGGAGAGAGAGGUGGCCGGAGGCAGGCUGCGCAGGACCCGCUGCGGGAACAUCACUCUUCCUCUGAGGGGAGCGAUGACGACGGAGGCGUCCGCUGUGGGGAGACUUGCAAAGGACGAGAAAAAGGUUCCUCAUCAGGAGAGCGAACCUAUGGAUGUAGUCGAUGAAAAGGGUGUCCAGGAGGACAACGACGAAGAGGAGGAUCCCAGGAGUUCUAAUGAGGAGGGAAGACCAUCCACGAUAGCCAUGGCAGCCAUGACAGCCAUGACAGGUUCCAAACAGGAAGCCACGGAAGAUGGCAAGAGCCAGGGAGCAUCCAAGGAGAAGAUUUCUCAUCAGCAUGAACGGAGUGACAAAGACGGCCCGUCAGUUACGGACCCCCUCGCUAUGACUGGGUGUUCGCCUCCGACUCGAUGCAACGCUGCACAUGUGGAACAGACACCUGCCACACCUGAUCAGAUUGGUCAGAUCAAGAACACCCACUCGGGCUUUAAUGGUGUUGAGUGUGAGACCGAAGUGGGCGUGUCAUCCUGCCUCCUCACACCCACCGCCUCCCCGAGAGACAGCGGCUUGUCUGAAGAGCAAGGGAUGAACGGUGGAGUUACCAACGGAGACUUUAUUAAGCUGCAAGGGGCCAGUGGGAGUCCUGUGGACUGGACCGUGUCUGAUGUGGUCACUUAUUUUACUACUGCUGGUUUUCCUGAGCAGGCCGCCGCCUUUAAGACACAGGAAAUCGAUGGGAAGUCUCUUCUCCUCAUGCAGCGUAAUGACGUUUUGACUGGCCUGUCAAUCCGACUUGGCCCCGCCCUCAAGAUCUACGAGCGCCAUGUAAAGGUUUUGCAGAAAACACACUUUGAGGAUGACGACUGUACAUGAAUAGACAUGUUAUGUGUCGGUCGACUAUUUCCAACGAUAUGUACGAAACAUUGAUAUUUAAUUGCAACGCGGCACACAACCUCACACUUAAACACAAGCUUCCUCCUGGAAUGAGUGACAGCACACAAAAAAUUGAUUUUCUGCCAAUUUGAACACAGAUGAUUGAGAAGUACAGUGGAACCUUGGUUAGCAUCUGACGUUAACCAAAUUAAAAACAGGUUUUUAUUGGGGUUUGUUUUUUUUUGGUUGGUUGUUUUACAAUUUAAAAUGACUUCUACCUUCACUGAAGAUGUGAUUCCUGGUGAGACCGGGACACAGGAAGUUGGUUGUGGUGCUUGAUCUCGCUUCCACAUUGAGUCUUUGCAUGUGAAACUACAAUUGUAAAACUAUAUAAACGUGUUUUGUUUAGCUAGCUAAAAGCCUGCUAACAAGGAAGGUCGUUUUGUGAUCAAAAUACAUACAAAAGAAUGCAGAUGGAUUCAUGCAGUGUGUUAACAACACGACAAGACGAGCGCCAUAUUGUACACUAAAUGGAGAAUGCAUGCAAUGUUGUGGUAUACAUUUUGGACGUUAAUCGAAAAACAUGCUAACCAGGGUAGACUGAGGUUCCACAAUAUUUUCUUUUCACAAUGACACCAGGAUUUCUCCACCAGUCGUGUUCAAAGAACGUUAUCAGAAGGUCUGCAUUUACAAAGAGAGUGUAUUGUUGUGGUUUGCCAUGGUGUAGAACUGCACUGUACUGUACUGAAAGGUAGUACCCUGCCCCAACAUUGUCACUUGCAAUUCGAUAUUUGAUGUGUACAUGAUGAUGUUAUAUGUAAUGUCUUGCGGACAUAAACAUGAUCAAGGGCUUUAUUGAUGGCGUUUAUUUGGUGGCGUGCAUUGACCUUUGUAGAUGCUCCUCAAGGUUAAGGUUAACUGCCACCAUAAAUUAGUCAGGUGAGCGGUUGUACCCCCAAUUAUAUGUCCGCCAUGUCUCAAAUAUAUCAGUACAUACCUGUACUGCAGUCAAUACUGUGUUAAAUCUGCUGGGUUUUGGUGCAGUAGGUGUUAAGGUCACUUGUCAGCUAUGUUUAUCGUCUUUUUGUGACAUUAUUUAGUGGCAAAAUGUGUCCGAUGAUAAACUGGCUAGUCCUAGCCAGUCCAGGAUGUAGCUCUCCGCAACCCUGAACAGAAUAAAUAAGCAGUAUGGAAGAUGGAUGGCAAACUAUCAGUGCAGUACAACCAUUUUUUUUAUAAAUACAGUCCCUAACCGUGUCAACCAAAACUCAGCAUUGUUGUUUUUGUAAAGAUACAUGAUGCAUUAAGAUUAUUCAAGUUUCUCUAAUCCAGGGGUGGGCAAACUACGGCCCGGGGGCCACAUGCGGCCCGCCAAGUGUUUGAAUACGGCCCAAAGUAUUUCAUUGAAACUUAAUAUACAACCUGGCAUUAUGGUACAACCUUGGUACACCAUGGUACAAGUACAUAUAGCUGAUUGCACUACAUUUUUACAGAUACAAUAAUUCCAGGUGGACUGUUACGUGUAGAAUAUAUAGUAUGCCCCCCCCCCCGUCAAUUUUGUUAAAUCAAUGCGGCCCGCGAGUCAAAAAGUUUGCCCACCCCUGCUCUAAUCUUAUGUUUAACGGAAUUAUGAUUCUCAACAUACUGAGAAAAAGAUGCGAUGCAUCCCAUAAGGUCAUUUUAAGGUCAUUUUUUCCCCUUGCGUCAAUUACAUCUCGAACAUAAUCACAAUGUUGUAAACAGACAUACAACUGAAGAUGGAAGACCAAGCGAGUGUUAAGUGGAUUUACCGGAGUAAAUAUGUAAAUAUAUCCAUUUUUUUUGUCCACGAAAAUUGACAAAGAAUGAUGUAAAUUAAUUUCAAGUCGUUCCACUGCGGUCAUGCAAGCAGCACAACUGCCACAUGUAUCAUUCCUUCUUCUUCCAGCAGUAAACAGUCCCAAGUUGUACAGUUUUACUCAAAUGGGUGUCGUUUAUAGCUGUGAUUUUUGGGUUCCAUUUUGUGAAUUUUUCCAGUGUGUUCUCCCAGCAUCACUACCUCUUUUCUUUCAUCUCACUGUUCUCUAUACAACGUCCAAGUGCACAUUUUCAUAAUGCAAUUAUGCAUUAGUCUCUGUUUGAGUCUCAUGUUAGGGCUGUACAGUCACACUUUGACCUCUUUGCUUGUUAUUUGCUAACAUUUAGUAAUAAAAACAUAAAUAAACGAUGAUGAUCUGUCUCCGCUGAAUUUGAGUGUGUAUGUCAGUGAAUUAGAAUAACUCAUUGGGUGGAUAUCAGUGAAUAAGAAUAGUAUUUUUAAAAGUUUACUGUGCCACAAAUUGAUGCUAGGUCCCUGGAAGUCUGCUUUUUUUUUUGCAGAAAAAGGAAUGCAUUCUGAAAUACAACCUGAGUUGUGGAUACCAACAUUUUGUUAUGUUCUGGUUAAACUAGCAUAUUCA